AUGAAGCUGUCUCUUUUAUUUGCUUUCAAUGCUCUCAUGUUACUUGAAGUUUCGUGCUUGUUCUUUUCUCAAGCUAGGUCUACAAAUGAGAUUGAGAUGCAGGCAUUGCUUGAGUUCAAGUCUCAAGUUGCUGAAAACAAGAGAGAGGUCUUGGCCUCUUGGAACAGCUCCUCUCCACUCUGCAGUUGGAUUGGGGUUACAUGUGGCCGCNAACAAGAACGAGUUAGAAGUUUGGACCUUGGAGGAUUCGAAUUGGCCGGUGUGAUCUCACCUUCCAUUGGUAAUCUCUCGUUUCUCAGAUUACUUAAUCUUGCAGACAACUCUUUUGGUAGUACCAUCCCUCAAGAAGUGGGAAAGCUAUUUAGGCUUAAGUACUUGAACAUGAGCUCCAAUCUUCUUGAAGGAAGGAUUCCGCCUAGUCUAUCGAACUGCUCUAGCCUGUUGAUACUUGAUUUAUCGUCAAACCAUCUCGGACAUGAUGUUCCUUCAGAGCUAGGUUCACUUUCUAAGCUUGUCAUUGUGUAUCUUCUUGAAAACAACCUUACAGGACAGUUUCCUGCAUCUUUAGGAAACCUGACAUCACUCCAUGAACUUGACUUUGCAUAUAACCAUAUGGAAGGAGAGAUUCCAGAUUAUGUAGCUAGAUUGACUCAAAUGGUGUUUUUCCAAAUAUCACUGAAUAGUUUUUCAGGCGUUUUUCCUCCUGCUUUAUACAACAUGUCCUCACUUGAGUUUUUAUCCCUAGCUGGCAAUAGGUUUUCGGGUAGCCUUAGGGAUGAUUUUGGAGACCUUCUACCAAAUCUAAAAACACUUGUUUUGGGAACAAAUCAAUUCACCGGUCCUAUUCCCCUAACAAUUUCCAAUAUCUCAACCCUUGGAAGGUUUGAUAUCUCAUCUAAUCACCUGACAGGAAAUAUCCCUUUGAGUUUUGGACAAUUAUCUAAUCUGUGGUGGUUAGGGAUUCAUAGUAACUNUCUGGGAAACAACUCCUCCAGUGAUCUUGAAUUUAUUGGUGCUUUGGCUAACUGCACUCAAUUAGAGCACUUAGAUGUUGGCUACAAUAGUCUUGGAGGUGAGCUGCCUGCCUCCAUUGCCAAUCUGUCCACCAAAUUAACUAGUCUGACCCUUGGAGGAAAUCUCAUAUCUGGAACCAUUCCGCGUGACAUCGGGAAUCUUAUAAGCCUGCAAGAACUCAGUUUAGAAGCAAAUCUGAUGACAGAAGAACUUCCAGUCUCUUAUAAAAAUUGA